GCCGAGAAAUCCUCCUUGAUCAGGAAGUCGAGCCGCGACGCAGCUGAGGGGCCCCUGACUCCCCAGGCCACGCUCAGGACCAUGAGAGCAGGCUCCCCCCGGGCCCCCCGAGGGGCGAGGAUGGCCGCCCAGCCCACGCCCCGUGGCCCCCCGCGGCCCCACGCAUCCUCCUAGCGCCGGACGGAGGGGCCAUGCCUGGAGAGCAGCCCCAGGGAGCACCACCCCCGGCCAGGACUGGGGCCCUGCAGCCGUGCCAGGUGGCCGGUGGCCUGGGCGGCCCCUGCCAGCCCCCCCACGAGGACCACGCCCCGGCCAGCAGGCCCGCCAAGGCCGCCAGGGAGACUGGCCGUGGGGCCCCGGCUGUGGAGCCCCCGGAAGCCCAGCUGCUGCCAACCAGGGAGGGGGUUCCCAAGGCCCCGCUCCUGAGGACCCAGGCCCUAGGUGGCGGCCCUGGGAAGGGGGGAGGCCUCCGGGGUCCCCCAGGGAGGAGCCGCUCACAGACUCACGUGCGGCUGGCAGCGGGGGCGGCCGGCAGCGCCCAGCAGCCCUACAGCCCGAGCAUCGCCAGCUCGAGGGCCAAACCCGCCCUGGACGAGGCCCCCGAGGGCCACCAGCUCGAGGCCCCCCAUCCUCCAGAGGCAGAGGCCCCCCGGCCUCCCCUCAGGCCCGGCCUCCCGAGAACCGAGGCCCGGCCUCCUCCUGAAGAGCUCAGCUUCCGAAGGUGCUUCCCGGAGACCCCCUCCAGCUUUACCUCCACCAACUAUACCUCAGCGAACGCCGCGCCCGGGCCCCCCGCCCUGCGGGCCCCCCCGAGCAGGGGCGCCAGCCCCCUCGGGCCGGCCUCCCACCCGGAAUUCCAGGCCAGCGGGUCGGACUCCUGGCCUCUCGCUGCUGAGAACAGCUUCCUAGGUGCUAAUUUCGGGGUCCCCCCCACAGAGCCAGAGCCGUUCCCCGAAGGCAGCAGGCCGGGCGGCCCCGUGGGGGUCCCCUUCCAGUUCUCCUUCCCGGAGCUGCCCGGGCCGGGCACAAAACCCUUCCCCGCAGACACGGCCGGGCACGAGUUUGCCAACAGGGCCCUCGUGUUCGCCUUCCACCAGCCCCCAGGAGCGUGGCCAGAGGGGGCCGUGGGCACGGGCCCCGCCUACCCGCCCGCACCCCAGCCCCUGCCCUGCUACCCCGGCCAGCCGGGCACCCUCGAGCCCCCCAGCAACCUCAGCGGUGCCCUCCCGGCCCCGGGGGUGGCUCGCCCGGCCCCGGCCCCCUUCUCAGAUGGUCUGCACAAGAGCCUGACCAAAGUCCUUCCCGAGAGGCCGCCUUCAGCCCAGGACGGGCUGGGGAGCCCGAGGGGGCCCCUGAACCCCCUACCCCAGAGACGUUUUCCGGGGCAGGCGUGUGGAGCCAGGGUGGACACCAGCCCGGGGCCUCUGGACACCGAGCUGGCCACCCCGGGGCCCCCAGUGGCCAGACUGCCCCCGCUGUGGGACCCUGUGACAGCACCUUACCCCACGCCUGCCCUGGGGCCCCCGGCCGCCACCAGGAACCCGUUCUUCAAAGGCCAGCCCGGCCCCGGCCAGCGGCUCUGCCUGCCCCAGAGCCCCCCACUGCCCUGGGCCCAGCUGCUCCCGACGGCCGGGCCGAGCCCCCACCAGAUGGAGGUGCAGAGCCGGCUGCCUUUCCCCACGGCAGCCCCCGAGUGGCAGGGGGGCAGCCAGGGAGCCCUGGGCGCGGCCGGCCAGACGGCGGGGCCCGGGGCGAAGCUGGUGGCCGUGAGAAGUGGCGCAGGCCAGCUGGGCGGCUCCCCGGGGCUGUUCUCCUACAGCGGGGCGCAGGACGCGGGAGCCCAGCCCCUGUUCUUCGGGGUGCCGCAGCCCCAGCUCUCACCCCGGGGGACCCCCAGCCUGCCCCCACCCAGGGUGGUGGGGGCCUCCCCCAGCGAGUCGCCGCUGCCGUCGCCGGCCACCAACACGGCCGGCAGCACCUGCUCCUCCCUAUCACCCCUGUCCAGCAGCCCGGCCAACCCCAGCUCGGAGGAGAGCCAGCUCCCGGCCCCGCUGGGGCCCCCCGCCUUCUUCCACCAGUCCCCGGAGCAGCCCCCGCACGCCCACCCCCGACACUUCCCCCCGGCAGAGCCGCCAGCCAAGGCCUUCCCGUUCCCUGCCGACGGGCUGGGGGCCGAGGGCGCCCCGUUCCCCCACGAGCCGCCCCCGUACCCGGCCCAGCACUUUGCGCUCAGCAGCGCCAGCCUGGACCAGCUGGACGUGCUGCUCACCUGCCGGCAGUGCGACCGCAACUACAGCAGCCUGGCUGCCUUCCUGGCACACCGGCAGUUCUGCGGCCUGCUGCUGGCCAGGGCCAAGGACGGUUCCCCGCAGCCCCAGGGCCCCCCGGGGCUCCCCUUGCCCUGCGCCGCCGCCGCCCCCAAGGCAGCUGCCGACACUCUGGCGGGCGGGCUGGGCCACGGCAAGGCCGUCCCCUUCCUGCUGGCCGGGGACGUCCAGGCGGACGGCAAAGACGAGGCCCUGAGGAUGAGCUUCCUGCCCGGCCUGGCCGCCGCUGCCGCCGCCGCCGCCUUCCCGCUGCCCCCCGUGGAGCUGGACUUGGAGGACGACGCCAAGCUGGACAGCCUCAUCACCGAGGCGCUCAACGGCAUGGAGUACCAGCCGGACAGCCCGGAGAUCGACAGCAGCUUCAUAGACGUCUUCACCGACGAGGAGCCUCCCGGCCCCAGAGGCCCCGGCACAGGGCAGCCCCCCAAGGCCAGGCCGGGGCCGGCCCCGGAGAGCAGAGCCCAGCCCCCGCUCGCCGACCCCACGGCGGAGCUGCAAGACCCCCGCGCCGCAGAUGGGGGCUGCCCGGCCCGGAGCAGGCCCAAAACCCGCUCUCUGGGUGUCCCCCCUGCUGAGGCCGAGGCCGGCAGCCUGGUGCGGCCGCAGAGGAGGGGGAAGCAGCUGAAGCUGUUCCGGAAAGAGCCGGACGUGGCCAGCACCGCCGAGGGGCCCGGGGGAGGCGCCAGGGCCUCCUCCUGCCUGCGGCCCCGGAGGAAGAAGGGCAGCCGGGAGGAGCGGCCCCGCGCCCGGGACCUCGGGACUCCGGCCAACAAGGGCCGUGGGGGUCCCAACACCCAGGUCCCCAGGGCCAGCCCUGUCCCCGAGGAGACCAGGAGCCCCAGGCACCUCCGCCCGCCCCCCAGGAAGGACGCCAGGAGGAGGAAGGCCGGGGCCGGCACCUGGAGCAAGGAGCUGAUCCACAAGAUUGUGCAGCAGAAGAACAAGCUCCACCACCGGCGGCGGCAGGCGCGGGGGGCCCACGGCAGGCGCGGCUCCCUGGUGGCGGAGGGACCCCAGCCCGGCGGCGCCCAGGACAGAGGGCUCCGGGAGAGCGAGGACAUCUCCGAGUCGGAGGACGAGCUUCCCCCGAGGCAGCAGCCGGGCUCUGGCUCCAGGGGCCGGCCCCGCCGCGGCAGCUGCCGACGCUGGCACCACCGAGGGGAGAAGAGGAAGGACGGGGACUCGGCCCCGGGGCCCAGAGCGGACGGGGAGCUGCAGGAACCCAGGCAGGCGGUGACGCAGGACACCGGGGGGCUCCCCAGCCCGGAGCGGCCACACAGCCCUCGCCCAGGCCCCCCGCCCGGCCUGGAGGCUACAGAGAGAGGCCCCGAGUGUGCCGACCACCCCACGGCGGCCCCCCAGCAGUCCCCACGGGUCCCCACCGAGACCCACCCCCCCAAGGAAAACCCCCCUUCGCUGGACGUCCCCCAGGUGGCCAAGAGGCCUGAAGUUGCCGAAGAGUCACCCCCUGACCCCACGAAACUCGGAGAGGUCCCGAGGUCUCCUCCAGCUGCCCGUGUGACAGGGAGCCCCGGGCCCCCCACUCCUGAGCGAGCCCCACCUGGCAGAGAGGACGCCGGUCGCCCCAGGCCACCGGGAGGCUUCCCUGAUGCCGCGCCCCAACGAGGAAGCUCACCAGCACCGGGUACCGGCGGUCCGCUGGGUGCCCCGGGGUGCACAAGGCCCCCUGCGUCCCGUGACGGCGGGGACGCCCCUGCCCCCCAGCCAGGAGGGUUCCUGGGGCCCCUUGCUAACGCCACCAGUGCUGCCUACCCCGAAGCCACGGUCCCACUCUCAAAGAACUCUGAUCUUGGCGGUGGCCCCGCACAUGCUAACGGCGGACACCCCACCAUGGGGGUUCCAGUUGCCAAAAGGGGGCCCCAUCCCCACAGCGGCCCCCCCAGGGAACUGUUCCUUGCACCCAAAGACCUGGCCGGCUGCCUCCUGGAAGACCUGUACCCCAAGCCCCCCGCUGUGGACGCCCCGCCAGCCCGAAGCAGCCCCUGUCUGAGCCCAGGCGGGGCCGACACUUGUUCCCUGGCACCAAAGCCGCCGGAGCGUCCGCCUUACGCGGCUGAGACGGACCCAGGCAAAGCCGGGUCGCCGCUGACCUUGGAGUCCACGUCCCUCUUCGCGGGGCUGGCCGUGGACGGGUUCUGCCCGCCCCUCUACGACGGCCACGUGCCGCUUGCCCGCGCCGGCCCUGCCCCAGGGAAGCCCCGGCUCGACCCACCUUACCCCUCCUUCCUGCUGCUCGAAGACGUAGCCCCGAUGCUGCCCGGCCACUUUCCCGGCCUCUCCUCGGCGGGGGCGGCGUUCGGGGACAAGUGUCCCGGGGAGGGGACGCCCAGCCCUCCCCCCGCGCCUGGGAGGAGAGACGGACACGGUGCCACUUUCGUGCGCAGUCUGUCAGAGGAGGAACUGGAGAUCCGGAGGCUGGUCACCGAGCUGGAGAGUCAGCUGGGGAGAGGCGGAGGCUCGCCCGGGGCCCCGGGGCAGCGUGGAGAGGCCGAGCGGGCCGGCGGGGCGCACGCGAGCUCCGGCACGGAGCCAUCCGGCCCCCAAGGGGACACGGCUGAGCUCGCGGGUGCCGGGGAACCGAGCCCACACCGGGGAGGCGCAGAAACAGCCGAGGACGCCACGGAAGGGGCUCCUGGGAGCCGCCCGGGGCAGGGGCCCCACCCAGCCUCGCGCCCUGCGGGAGAAGCGGCCGCCCCCUGGGCCGGCUCCCAGGAAGACCUGGCGUUGGGGGCCUCUCUCGGCCCCCCAGGGAACAGCGUCAGUUUUCAGCUGGCGCAGGAAGCCGGAGUCUCCCAGGCGGGAGGAGAAGGUGGGGUCCCCCCGGAGGUCCCCCUGCCGGCCCUGGGCGGGCAGCCGGGACCUCUGCUGGCUGCUGAGAGGCUGGCAAAGCGCGGCCCAAACUGCCAUCUUCCGUUUCCUAAAAGUGAAGACAGCGCCCACCUGGCACCUGGCUUUGCGUUUCAGGGUGAUGGGGUGCCACCUCUGGAUGCCACCGGGCCCCCUGGAGUCCCUCCUAGUGAAGCCGCCCAGGGGCCCUCUGUGGGCAGGGCAGGUGGGGCCGGGGGGCUCCUGCACCCCCUGGCAGGGGGUCCCGGCUCUGAGGGUAUUGAGUUUGCACCGGCGGGGGCCUCCUCGCUAACGGCCCCCCCAGGCAGAGAGGCCCAGGCUGUCCCUGUGCCGGGUCCGGCCUGUGCACCUGACGCUGGCCCUGGCGGGAGGCCCCAAGACCCAACCUCGAACCCCCAACUCCAGCUCCUGGGGGCCGAGGCAGGUGGGAUCACAGAUGACACCUGGGGCAGACAGGGGCCACCACCUGCGGUUGCCCAGAGCCCUCUGCGAGGGGACUCGUCGGCUCUGGAAGGGCACUGUGUGAGGGGCAGGGACGUGGCCUGCAGCCCUGCCCAGGGCUCCCCCGGGGGUGAGCAGGGGACAGCUGUCCCUGCAGUGGCCGGACGUCAGCUGGGGCCCAAGGCAGAUGGACACCUGGGCUUGCUCAGCCUUUCUGAGGGGCCCGAGGGCCAAGGCCAAGCCAGCCAGCUUCGGCCAGAUAACUGGGGGCUUGCUGGGGGGCCAGAGAGCCCGUCCCUGGGCACGGGUCCUGAAACACAGCUGGCCAGGCCCACUAGGGGUGCUGGGGCGGCACUGGAGGGACGCAGGGUGGCCUCGGGCCUCCAGGUGGAGGCACAGCCCUCCCCGAGCCCCCCCUUCCCUGCGGGAGAGCCCCCGACAGCAGCCCACGCCCAGAGUGGGGCUGAGGACCAGAGUCCGGGGAAGACCGCCAGCCCAGGCCUGCACAAACAGCUGCCACUCGCGGGGCCCGGCCCAGCGUCACCCCUCGGGGGCUUGGGCGCCUGUGCCCCCUCACCCACCACUCCAGCCACCCCAAGUCCCUGCAGCCCCAAACACCUGCCCCAGCAGGACCCCCCUAUCUGGACUUCUGGUGCCACCAGGGUCACAGGACAGCAGAGGGGGCUGCUCCCGGUGUCCCCACCCGGCCCCGGGCUCCUGCCGGCCUGUCCCCCUGGGUGGGCACCUCUGGGAGGGGCCAGCUGUGUCCAAGCCCCCACGGGCGCUGGAGCUGGGAGGCCCCCAGGGGCUGCCCCAUCCUGUGACCCUAAGGAGACUUUAGCUCACCACCCUCUCCUAGGGGACCCCCCUUCGCAGCCUGGCUGCAUCAGCGUCUCGGGGGACAGCACUCGGAGACCUCCAGAGGCAUCCAGGAGAGAGAGACCAGGGCAGUCUCCUGCCCGUGACACCCCGCCUCCCCCCGUGGGGGCCACUCCCCCCAGCGUGACCAGCCUUCCCGCCAAAGAUGAGACAUGGCCCGCCAGAGGGCUUCAGGCGCCAGACACCCCAUGCAGCGGGGCCCCAGCCCCCACCAGCCCCGAUGGGUCACCGGAAGACCCCUCCUCCCUCUCCCAAAGCAACACCGCCCAACUAGGCCGCAGGGAAGCGCAAGGUGUCCUGGCUGUGCCCGAUGACCCCACCGUGCUGGGGGCCGCAGGGCCAGACCGCCACACCUGCCUGGAAGGUGAGGCGGGGGCCAGUAGCCAGGGACAGCCGGAGCUGGGGGCGCCUGAGGCCCGGCAGGCCAGCGUCACCGAGGUGCCUGCCACGGUCACCUGCCCUUCCGCAGGGCUGUGCCUGGGCAGUACCGCAUUUCCAAGCAGCACAGCCGGAGACUCCAGGCCCCGCUACCCCCAAAGCCACAGAAAUGUCCCCUACCAGGUGCCCCAAGAAGAUCCCCUCAGUCCCCAAGACCCCGAACAGAGGCCGCACAGCUUUAAAAAGAAGCCGGUGUCCACUGAGAAUGGCCUCUGGAAGGGCCAGGCCCCCGGGGGGCCGCCGGUGACCUGCGAGGUCUGCUCGGCCUCCUUCCGCUCCAGGCCGGGCCUGAGCCGGCACAAAGCCAGGAAGCACCAGCUGCACAAGGCCACCGCCCAGCCGCGCCCGGCUGCCCCGACCACGAGCCGGCCCCCCGGGAAGAAGAGCCACAGGGCACCCAGGAAGGACAGAGCACGUCACCCGCUCACAGGAGGCCCCUGCCGUGCGGCCGGGCCACCUCCCGCCCCGGGCUCCAAGGAGGUCAGGCCGGGGCUCGGUGCUCCCAGAACACCGGGCUCCCCGCCCGGCCAGCAGCCUCGCCCCCCAGGCCUGCAGGAGCGUGGGGCGCGUGUGCAGGCCCCGGCCCCCGAGCCCGGCAGACCAGCCCCACUGGGGGCGGGCGAGCGCCCUCCCAAACAGGCAGAGGAGAGAGAGGACCAGACGCCACCCACGGAGCCCCCCAGCCACUCAGCGGGGAAAUCAAAGAAGAAAGGAGGGAAGCCGGGAGCGAGGAGGUUCCAGGAGAGAGCUCGGGGCCCUCCCGAUGGGAUUUCGGAUAAACCCCGCAGGAGCCCAGCAGCUGCAGUUGCCAACCGCCCGGCCCCUCCGAGCUGCCGCCUCCCGCUGGAAGGAGACCUGGGGCCCCGGGGGAUGGAGGGUACCCUGGAGACGGUCGCCGCGGAGACGGGCACGGGGGCCCUGCGUGCAGAGGGGACACCCAGAGACCAGGCCACGUGUCAACGGAGGAUGGAGGAGGCACCUGCUGGGGAAUGGCCGGUUGGGCCCGAGGGAGCCUUGGCGAGGGGGCCCUGGGGACCGCCGGAGGCCGGCACGGUGGCUUGUGGAGAGCCACCGCAGGCCGCCAGGAGCAAGUCUGCAGCGGACAGCGGAGGGGCCCAGAGCGGGCCCGAGGAGGGUGUCUGGGAGGGGCACGCGCCCCCCCUGAGCCCCCCGGGUCCUCCCGAGACCCCCGGCUCUAAGAGGGGCCUCCUGGACGAGCCGGCAGCCCGGGGUGCAGUCCCGGGACCUGAGGACCCCACUCCCGGGGCUCACAGUCCCGGCCUGGGGGACCCUCUGAGCUUGUUCGACGACGAGGUCUCCUUCUCCCAGCUCUUCCCUCUGUGCGGCCGCUUGACCCGCAAGAAGAGGAACCCGCGCGUGUACGGGAAUCGAGGCGAGAAGCCGAGGCGCCCGCCGCCGCUGCCCCAGCCGGGCAGCAGCGAGGCUGGGGGCCGCUCCCCGCUGCUCUGCGCCCGCCUGCCCACCGACCUCAGCGACUCAGGCUCCCUCUGCCUCUCGCAGGAGGAGCCCUGGGAGGACGAGGCCGCCGGCCUGCCAGAGUCCUUCCUCCCCGACGGGUUCCUGAUUAGCAAGGUGCCCGGGCUCAGCCUGUGGGCCUCCGAGCCCAGCGGGGAAGCCGGCACCGAGAAGGCGCCCGCCCACCGCCCCGAGGAUGAUCUCCCCGAGCUGCACAUGGUCCCCGCUGCGUGGCGAGGCCGGGAGCUGUGGGUCCCCACGGAUGACACACCCUCUUCUCUCGGGGACGUGAGCCCUGAGCCCCCCAACCUGGAGAGGGAGGGGUAUGCCACCUCGCUCCCUGCCUCGGACUUUGAGGUGAUCAGCCCCAAGCUUGAGGUGCAAGACCUGUGCUUCCUGGGGCCCUAUGAAGACCCCUCGGAUCUCCCCGGCACCAGCUUCCUCGACUUCGAGGCCACGGCGAUGUCACAGGGGCCACGGAAGGAAAGGACGGAGGAGGUGGCGGCCAGGCCGGGGAGGGCUGGGGGCCCGGAGCCGCCGCCCGCCCAGGGCAGGAGGGCCUCGUACAAGUGCAGGGCGUGCUUCCAGCGCUUCCGCGGGCUGGCCGAGCUGGACCUGCACAAGCUGGCGCACAGCCCCUCGCCGCCGCCCACCUGCUACAUGUGCGUGGAGCGCAGGUUCGGCUCGCGCCAGCUGCUGCGGGAGCACCUGCAGGACAAGCACCUGCAGGGCAAGGCGGGGCCCUGGGCCUGCGGCAUGUGCCUCAAGGAGGUGGCCGACGUCUGGAUGUACAACCAGCACCUGCGGGAGCACGCGGUGCAGUUCGCGCGCAGGGGGCAGGUGCGCAGGUGCCUGGGGGACCUGCCCGGGUGCCUGGAGGGUGGCGGCGGCGGUGGCGGCGGUGGCAUCUCGGCCUUCCUGAGCAGCGUCCCGGAACCAGCAUCCAAGCCCCACAGGGGCAAGCGCGCCGGGGGCAAGGCGCAGGCGCGGGGGCCGGGGAAGGAGAGCCCGAGGGAGCGCGCGAAGCCCCGGGCGCGAGGUGGCGCCGCGACACCGGACGGCGUCUCCGCCCCCGCGACCCCUGCCGCAGCCGGCAGCUCCGCCGCCCUCCCCGGCCCCAGCAAGACGCCCCCCAGCCCGUCCCCCGACCCGUGGUCCAGCGGCGAGCCCCUCCUGCAGGCCGUCCCGGUGCACGCGGACUGCAAGGACCCGUCCCGCGACUGCCACCACUGCGGGAAGCGGUUCCCCAAGCCCUUCAAGCUGCAGCGGCACCUGGCGGUGCACAGCCCGCAGCGCGUCUACCUGUGCGCGCGCUGCCCGCGCGUCUACGCCGAGCACCGCGAGCUGCUGGCGCACCUGGGCGCGGCGCACGGGGCGGAGGGGCCGCGCGAGCCGCAGCACACCCCGCUGUACGCCUGCGAGCUCUGCGCCAACGUCAUGCACAUCAUCAAGAAGUCCUUCGCCUGCAGCUCUUGCAACUACACCUUCGCCAAGAAGGAGCAGUUCGACCGCCACAUGGACAAGCACCUGCGGCGGGGCCAACAGCCCUUCACGUUCCGCGGGGUCCGGAGGCCGGGAGCCCCCGCGCAGAAGGCCCCGGCCCUCGAGGGCGCGCUGCCCAGCAAACGGCGCAGGGUGGCCGUGCCCAGCGGCCCCCCGGGCCCCGGCGUGGACGGGCCACUGUCUGGGGGCAGCAGCCCAGCCCUGCUCCAGGUCCGCCCGGAGGCGGCUCCCGGCUCCACCGAGGGAACGCCCGAGACCCUGGAGAGGCCCGAAGACCCGGGGGGCCCCACAGUGAGCUGGCGAGACCUGCCCCCUGACCUCCAGGAGGACCCACCCCCCGCUCUGUCUCCCUUCCCGGCGGCCUUGGCUGAGGGCAACGGUGGCCAUGAGCCGGACGGAGCCCUGGAGAUGAGGCCGGAGGAUGAGGCUCCCCCAGGCAGCCCCGGGCCUCUCCUCGUCCAGUCCACUCUGCUGCCCGGGGAGCCCCUGCCCCGGCCAGGCGCCAGGGGCCAAGCCACAGAGGGAAAGGGGGCUCCUCUACCGCCCUCGGGGAGACGCAGGGUCCCCAGCCCCCGUGGCAAGUGUGGCCCCGAACACUCCCAGGAAGACCCCUCCCCGCCCCAGAAGGAGAAGCAAGCGUCCACCUGCCACGUGGUGCCUGAGGGGGGCACGGGGGUCCCCUCCCACAAGGGCAUUGCCACCAGGCCGGGUGGCUGCCAGAGUUCAUCAAAGGACAGGUCAGCGGCGCCCACCCCCAGCCCAGCGCCCAAGCUCCCCCUGCAGCCACGGAAGGCCUCGGGGAGCCUGGCGCCCGGAGAGCUGGUCCGCGGCACCGAGAACGGGACGAAGGCCACCACCCCCAAAGACAGGCCGGGGCCCAGCUCCCAGGGCAGUGGGGGCCCCCGCCCCAGCACCAAGACGGGGGGUGGCAGCCAGCCCCAGCCGGCCAGCGGGCAGCUCCAAAGUGAGACAGCCAGCACCCCGGCCAGGCCCGGCUUCCCUGGCCACAGCCCCGCACCCGACAAGACGCCCCCGCAAGCCCAAGCCAAGGGCUGCACCAAGGGGCCCGGGGGGGCUGGCGACCAGGGGCCCCGGCGGAGCCCAGGCCCCCGGGAGAAGGGCGGGGGCGGUGAGAAGAGGAGGAAGGGCCAGGUCCCGGGGCUGCCAAGCAGCGAAAAUGUGGGGAGCUUGGGGAGAGCCCCGCCAGCCCCCGACAGACCUCCCCGGGCCCCUCGAAAGCAGGCGACCCCCAGCCGUGUGCCCCCCGCCAAGCCCAGACCCAGUAGCCAGAACAGCAAGCCCAGGCCGCAGCCCUCAGAGCCCAAGGAGGCUCCGGGCAGGGCCUUCGCCCAGGAGAGACCCCCGCUCAGGCCCCACCGGAGGGGCAGAGCUGUCCACGGUCCUGACCCCCCCGGCCGCGGCUACCGGACCGCCGAGGCCCAGAGUGACCUUCUCAGCCAGCUCUUCGGGCAGAGACUGACUGGCUUCAAGAUUCCCUUAAAGAAAGACACUUCUGAGUAAUUUAUAGCAGCGAGCACCCGGGCUAGAGCCAGGGAGCCCGGCCGUGGGCUCCUGUCCGCGCUGCUCCCUCCAGCCAGCCUCAGUUCUCUGACACGGUUCCCUUUGUGGCCACCAGACUUAACCACGCAAACACUCAAGACUUUGGUGCUGGAGCUGAGACUGCGAUGCUUUGAGCAGGG